AUGGCACCGUCCCAAAGUGUAUCAAAGAACACCCGUCCUCGAACUAAAACCGUAACCCUCAAAUUGCAAGUUGCCCCUCGCGCUCGUGCCCAUCCUAUCAACCGACGCCAACCCCGACCACACUUAUCAGUCAACCAACGCAUUCAUUCCCUCCUCACCGACCCCCUCGUACACAAACAAAGCCUAGGCUCCUUUCGUAUUUCGUGUCUCGCCUGCGGUCAACGCGUCCAACUCGAUAAACGCGAAAGUCGCCCCUUUUACGCGUUUAACUGGACGAAACAUCGGAAUGCAAACUGUCAACGCGCUAUCGAAGCGCAGAAGAGAAUUAACGAUGGGCAAAAGUUUGAGGUGGCGGAGGUUUGGAAGACGUGGAGUCGAGAUUGGUUGACGAAAGACGACAAGGAGUCCGAUAAGGCCGAUAAGGCUAAGGGACGUGGACUCUACGACCCCAUCUGGAGAGAGCAAUGGGUCAAAUUGGGGAUUCUUGAGGGCUCAGAAUGUGGCGACACUGACGUUGUCAGUGGAUCCAGCCGCGACAUUCAGAGACUGUCCCUAUCCCCCGCAUCGGAUAUGACUAGGAGGACGCCGUCCGGUUCACGCGGGUCUUCCACAGACUUUCAAUGGAGUGACUCAAACUCAAGUGGUUCCGAUUCUGGUUCCACCUCGACAACAAUUUUGCCGAUGGACUGUAACGAACUUCGCUUAGCCCGGUUUUUGUCCACCAUUGGGCUGCACUGUCUGGCCAGUGUGGCACUGGACGAGGAGGGUGCACGUCAGCAGUAA